AUGUCUCAAAUGCUCGAUUUGACCUCCAAUGUGUCGCCGUCGCCGUACUUGUCGGCCCAGCUAAAACACAACAAAGAAGCGGCCAUCCUGGACGUCAUCGAUGUGGGUCUGGGCUCCGUGACGGACAUCGACGAGGAAAAACAGCAAUACGAAGGUGCCUCGACCGAGGUGCAGCGUGGACUCAAGUCCAGACACAUCCAGCUCAUCGCCCUGGGUGGUGCCAUCGGUACCGGUCUGUUUAUUGGGUCUGGUGGAGCUCUGGCCACCUGUGGGCCGGCCCCACUGUUGAUCUCUUACAUGGUUAUGUCGUUUUUCGUGUGGUGUCUGAUGAAUCAGCUCACGGAAAUGGUGGCCCUUAUCCCGCUUUCCGGCGAAGCGUCCAUGUACGCCAUGACCAGAACCUACGUGAGCAGUCCCGUUUCGUUUAUGUGCGGCUGGAAUCUGUUUUACGCCAUGGCCAUGAUUGCACCUGCGGAAAUCACCGCUUGUGCGUUGCUGAUCAAGUACUGGACCGAUGCCAACUCGGCCAUCUUCGUCUCCAUCUUCGUGGUCAUCACCAUCGCCGUCACCAUGCUUCCGGUGCGUGUUUUCGGCGAAAGUGAAUUUUGGGUCUCGACUAUCAAGCUUCUCACCAUCACGGGCUUGAUCAUUGUAGGACUGGUGAUUUUCUUCGGCGGCGGGCCUGCCCAAGACCACGUCCUCGGUUUCCACUACUGGAAGCACCCAGGUGCCUUUCGAGAACACUUGGUCCCCGGAUCCACUGGAAAGUUUUUGGCCGUCUGGACUGCCAUUAUCAAGAGUGGAUUCUCUUUCGUUUUGAUGCCCGAGCUGGUCACCUCCUGUUCUGCGGAAUCUGUGAACCCUCGUGUCAACAUGCCCAAGGCUUGCAAAAGAUUCGUGUACCGUUUGGCCUUUUUCUACAUCUGCGGUGUUCUUGUUAUCGGUGUCGUUGUGGGAUCCAACAACAACCACCUUUUGAACGCUUUGGCCACCGGUACUAGCGAUGCCGCUGCUUCCCCCUACGUGAUCGGCAUCAAGGACGCUGGUAUCAGAGUUUUGCCCCACAUCAUCAACGCCUGUAUUCUCACCAGUGCCUACUCUGCCGGUACAGCAGAGCUGUACGGGUCCUCGCGUGUCUUGCACUCGAUGGCCAUCAGAGGCGAUGCCCCCAAGAUUUUCGGCAAAGUGAACCGUUUUGGUGUUCCUUACUACUCCACUGGGUUGGCCAGUCUGUUCUGUUUCUUGGCCUACCUCAACUGCUCGGACUCGGCCUCUGUCGUGUUUACCUGGUUGUCGAACAUUGCCACCAUUUCCGGGUUUGUGAGCUGGAUCUUCGUUUCUAUCACCUACAUCAGAUUCCGCAAAGUCGUCAAGUACCUAAAUCUGGCUGACAGAUUGCCCUUCACGCCUCGUUUCCAGUACCAGUUUGCGUGGGCCGGUGGUAUUUUCUUCACGGUUCUGGCCUUGACCAACGGAUACGCUGUUUUCAUCAAUGGCAACUGGAACACUAGCGAUUUCUUCGCCUCCUACGUGACCAUUGGCUUUGUUGCGGUCCUGUACAUCGGCAGCACGAUUUACUACCGCCAGUUCAAGUUCAGAGACAUGGAGGAGAUCAAACUAGACAUUCUGCCCAAGAUUGAGCGUGCUGAAGAAGAAGAGCGCAACUACGUUUUCCCAGUUCCCAAAAACGUUGCUGAGAAGAUAUGGACUGCCAUCAUCUAA